AAAAGAAAAAAUUAAGACAAAAAGGAAAGCAACGGUCUCCAAGUCUCCACCAUCUCUCUCUCACUACAAUUGUUCUUUGUCUCUUGUGAUUCUCCGAGGAACAAAAACAAAGAAUGAGUGAGAACCCAUGGCAGCCUCUUCUCCAGACCUUCGAGAAACUAUCAAAUUGCGUCCAAACUCAUCUCUCCAACUUCAUCGGCAUCAAAAUUACUCCUCCUUCGUCAUCCACAAUCCAAAACCCCAUCUCAUUGGACUCUUCCCCGCUUAUCGCAACAAAUAGUUCCACUCUUCAGAAGAGUCCUCUCAAAGAAAAGUCUACAGGUCCUGUAGCUAAAGAGGAGCUCGGUAGGGCUACUUGGACAUUUCUGCACACUCUUGCUGCGCAGUAUCCAGAAAAACCAACAAGGCAGCAAAAGAAGGAUGUUAAAGAACUGAUGGCUAUACUUUCUCGAAUGUACCCUUGUAGAGAAUGCGCGGAUCACUUCAAAGAAAUCCUAAGAUCGAAUCCCGCUCAAGCUGGAUCUCAGGAGGAGUUCUCGCAGUGGCUUUGCCAUGUACACAACACCGUAAAUAGAAGUUUGGGAAAAUUGGUGUUCCCUUGCGAGAGAGUGGAUGCAAGAUGGGGCAAGUUAGAGUGUGAGCAGAAAAGUUGUGAUCUUCAUGGAACUUCUAUGGACUUUUAGACAUUAUAUUUUACUUAUAUACGACUCAUUCAUUACCUGCUUCUUUUGUAUGGAAAUUUUAUAAUGAAUGAAAGUUAUUCCAACA